GCCCGGCCGCCCCCGGCCCCCGGCCGGCCCGCGCCUUCGGGGCCCCCCCCCCGUGCCGCCGGCGCCCCCGCUGCCCGCCCGCCCGCCCCCGCGAGGCGCCGCGCCCCCGGCCAUGGCGAAGAAGAGCGCCGAGAACGGCAUCUACAGCGUGUCCGGCGACGAGAAGAAGGGCCCCCUGAUCGCGCCCGGGCCCGACGGGGCCCCGGCCAAGGGCGACGGCCCCGCGGGCCCGGGGGCGCCUGGCGGCCGCCUGGCCGUGCCGCCGCGCGAGACCUGGACGCGCCAGAUGGACUUCAUCAUGUCGUGCGUGGGCUUCGCCGUGGGCCUUGGCAACGUGUGGCGCUUCCCCUACCUGUGCUACAAGAACGGCGGAGGUGUGUUCCUUAUUCCCUACGUCCUGAUCGCCCUGAUCGGAGGAAUCCCCAUUUUCUUCUUGGAGAUAUCACUGGGCCAGUUCAUGAAAGCCGGCAGCAUCAACGUCUGGAACAUCUGCCCCCUGUUCAAAGGCCUGGGCUACGCCUCCAUGGUGAUCGUCUUCUACUGCAACACCUACUACAUCAUGGUGCUGGCCUGGGGCUUCUACUACCUGGUGAAGUCCUUCACCACCACGCUGCCCUGGGCCACGUGUGGCCAUACCUGGAACACUCCUGAUUGUGUGGAGAUCUUCCGCCACGAAGACUGUGCCAAUGCCAGCCUGGCCAACCUCACAUGUGACCAGCUUGCUGACCGCCGGUCCCCUGUCAUCGAGUUCUGGGAGAACAAAGUCUUGCGGCUCUCUGGGGGGCUGGAGGUGCCAGGGGCCCUCAACUGGGAGGUGACCCUGUGUCUGCUGGCCUGCUGGGUGCUGGUCUACUUCUGUGUCUGGAAGGGGGUCAAGUCAACAGGAAAGAUCGUGUACUUCACGGCUACAUUCCCCUAUGUGGUCCUCGUUGUGCUGCUGGUGCGUGGAGUGCUGCUGCCUGGUGCCUUGGACGGCAUCGUCUACUAUCUCAAGCCUGACUGGUCGAAGCUGGCGUCCCCUCAGGUAUGGAUCGAUGCCGGGACCCAGAUUUUCUUUUCUUACGCCAUCGGCCUGGGGGCCCUCACGGCCCUGGGGAGCUACAAUCGCUUCAACAACAACUGCUACAAGGACGCCAUCAUCCUUGCGCUCAUCAACAGCGGGACCAGCUUCUUCGCUGGCUUUGUGGUCUUCUCCAUCCUGGGCUUCAUGGCCACAGAGCAGGGCGUGCACAUCUCCAAGGUGGCAGAGUCAGGGCCUGGCCUGGCCUUCAUCGCCUAUCCCCGGGCUGUCACGCUGAUGCCUGUGGCCCCGCUCUGGGCUGCCCUGUUCUUCUUCAUGCUGCUGCUUCUCGGCCUCGACAGCCAGUUUGUAGGUGUGGAAGGCUUCAUCACCGGCCUGCUGGACCUCCUGCCGGCCUCCUACUACUUCCGUUUCCAAAGGGAGAUCUCCGUGGCCCUCUGCUGUACCCUCUGCUUUGUCAUCGACCUCUCCAUGGUGACCGAUGGCGGGAUGUAUGUCUUCCAGCUGUUUGACUACUACUCAGCCAGUGGCACGACCUUGCUCUGGCAGGCCUUCUGGGAGUGCGUGGUGGUGGCCUGGGUGUAUGGAGCUGACCGCUUCAUGGACGAUGUGGCCUGCAUGAUCGGGUACCGACCUUGCCCCUGGAUGAAAUGGUGCUGGUCUUUCUUCACCCCGCUGGUGUGCAUGGGCAUCUUCAUCUUCAACGUGGUGUACUACGAGCCGCUGGUCUACAACAACACCUACGUGUACCCGUGGUGGGGCGAGGCCGUGGGCUGGGGCUUCGCGCUCUCCUCCAUGCUGUGUGUGCCCCUUCACCUCCUAGGCUGCCUCCUCAGGGCCAAGGGGACCGUGGCUGAGCGCUGGCAGCACCUGACGCAGCCUGUCUGGGGCCUCCACCACUUGGAGUAUAGAGCUCAGGACUCGGAUGUCAGGGGCCUGACCACCCUGACCCCAGUGUCUGAGAGCAGCAAGGUGGUGGUGGUGGAGAGCGUCAUGUGACAGGCAUCCCAGCUCCCAUCACCAGCUCACCCUCUUGUAGCCAUAGCAGCCCCUGCUUUAGCCCCCCACCCCUCCAGGGGAACUGCCUUUCCCUGACACCCCUGGGGUGGGGGAAGGGGAGGAAGCACCAGAGUGCUUAUAACUAAAAUAAUCUUUUCCAUUUUUAAUAAAACGCCAAAAAUAUCACAA